UCUUGCUCCGAGUCUCCCCUCCAAGUCUGCAACACUCCGUGUGUGUCACCCCGAACCGGGAAUUGUCUGUGCUUUCAGGGCCAAAUUAGUUCUACAACCAAGUUGAAAUGGCACCCAAGAAGGACGCUAAGGCCCCCGCCAAGAAGGCAGAGCCCGCACCCGCACCGGCACCCGCACCCGAGCCCGCACCGCCUCCCAAGCCCGCCGCCGUCGACCUGUCCGCCGUCAAGAUAGAGUUCACCCCAGACCAGAUUGAAGAUUACAAGGAGGCCUUCGGUCUGUUUGACAGGGUGGGUGACAACAAGGUGGCUUACAACCAGAUCGCUGACAUCAUGCGCGCCCUGGGACAGAACCCCACCAACAAGGAGGUGAACAACCUGCUGGGGAGCCCCUCUCCUGAUGACAUGGCUGGCAAAAGAGUAGAGUUCGAGGGAUUCCUUCCCAUGCUCCAGACCAUCAUCAACAGCCCAAACAAGGCAGGUUUUGAAGACUACGUUGAGGGUCUGCGUGUCUUUGACAAAGAGGGCAAUGGCACAGUGAUGGGCGCUGAGCUGCGCAUUGUCCUGUCAACACUGGGAGAGAAGAUGAAUGAGACUGAGAUUGACGCUCUCAUGGCGGGACAGGAGGAUGAGAACGGCUGUAUCAACUAUGAGGCCUUUGUCAAGCACAUCAUGUCUGUGUAAGGACCCUGCCACUGCUGUGGUGAACAUCGAAUAAGUGCAGACCCCAUGGUGUCGCGACAUCCACUCGCUGUUUCCUGCACCAUCAGUGGAAUCAGGGGGAACAAAGGACUAUGAGAUGUCAUUUCUUGAAGCCUUUUUUUUUUUCGUUUGUCCUAUACUUUUUUCUUUCCUUUGUCCAAAUGGUGCUUUUUUCUCCCCCUCCCCAACCACUCUCUUCCUUCUGCUACUUGGAAAGCUGUAACGAUACCCACAAGGUCCUCACCUUCAUCCGGUUCCCCGGCGUCAUUGGGGUUUUUGGUGUCUCAGAGGAACAGAGAUGGAGGAGGUGGAGUAAUGAUGACCAUCCCCUCCCGCUUACUGUCUGGCUGGCUGUCUAUCUUCCGGUAAAGUGACUGGUUUGGCCCAGGACUGGCCAUUAAAAUGAAUUCCCACCUCAUCAAACCCAUCCCUGAGUCUUAACUUAUUGUAUCCUCUGCCAUUUCACAAUAAACUUUCCACACUCCCA